GAACAAACGCCGGACGACCUUCAAUUUCCUCCCGUCACGAUUUUGCAUUCUGAUACUCUCAUUUUAUUUAAUUAUGACUUCCGACUCUUCGACAUCAACGACGCCGUCAAUUUUAACCCCAGAAUCUACAGGGACAUCACCCGAGCCACCACUUUCCACGACUCCAGCUAUGAAGAAAUCGAGACGACAAACCGCAUUUUAUCCUAACAUGAACCCAUCGAAUAAAACGCAAAACCCGUUCAGUAGGAGUGCUGCGAAGCGGCAGAGUGUUAUGGCGCUUGGGAGCAUUGAACACCUGCAAUAUUAUUUCACAAAGACAGGGAUUGCCGCCAAGAAGAAUAAUUUAGGCAAACCUGUGAAGGGUUUGGUCCCUGCGCUCGGCGGCAAAUCCCAUAUACGAAAUAAUUCUAGCCUCAGUAGCCUCCCUGAACUCAGAUUACCUCCAACGCCAGUAGUACCAGACCCCCAUGGACCUGCUUUCCUACCCUUCGUCAAGACUUACGAGACAGACCCGGAAUCCCUAUUACCGGGCGUGGUUGAAGACCUCACGGCCGUGGCUCGCGCAUGGCGGAUCGAUCUCCCGCUAAACUCCGAAAUUCUUGGAGGAGAAUCGUUCGAUGUGCUCAGCUUGCUGAAAAUUACGACAACCGCAAUUCGUGCUGUGAGAAACUAUGUUGUUUCGCUACCAGACGAAUCUGCAGGUACCAUACGCGCGCAGUUUCGCUCCAAAGUUCUUGGACCCAGAGCUAUACGGUCACCCACUCAAUCCCAGUCUGGUUCAUCUCCAGACCCUCUGACGCUCAUCCGGCGGUCGGCAUUAGAGGUGUUGACCGUCCUUCGGGUGCUAGAGGAGAAGAGCAGAUUACCGCUGAGUAAUGAGGCAUAUGAUGCUCAAAGCGAUGGUGCUAAUUCACGGAAUGGCGAUGGUCCAUCAAGAAUAGCUAGUCCGAGUAUAAGAUCCGACAAGUUGCCUUCGGAGGAAGAUGAUUUGCAUGUACACGAGGUGGAUCCGGACACAGCGGUCUCCUUUACUCUGAUGCAAGUUCAAGGUAGAUAUACAAGCGUGCCUGUGUGGGAGGAUGAAGACGAGCAAUCGGACAGCGGGGAAGACGACCAGAGGGAUCGGUGGGAUGAGAAGCUCGUGGUUGGUAGUGGCUGGCUGUAUCGUCAGGACGUGAAAUGGGAAGAAUUGGAGAAGGAACGGAAGACUAUUGGGUCAUACUUGGACGUCGUGGACGAGGUGCUGUUUGAAGGCAAGAAAGAUGGUUCUCGUGGAUGGGAGCGAGAGGCGCGUAAGGCUGCUCAGCGGGGGAAUAAGCGAAGAGUGAGUGCUGGGGAUGCUGAAGGGAAGGGUUUUGGUCUGUCUCCUGUUUCUGAGGGAAAGCGGCGCGUUUCGACUGGUAUACUUGAUUUCCAGAUCACGGAAGAGCCUGAGGACGUGGAAGAUAUCGCUGAAGAGAUAGAAGACAGCACGGACGAUGAGGAUCUUCCCGAGUGGGCCAAACGACAUACAUUCGAGGGGGAUGAAUUAGGUCGCGCUCAUGCAUUGCUUGCCGCCCUUCUUCCCCCUCCGCUACGGGAAGCUCUGGCUCCAGCAUCACCUCGAUCGGCGUUCCUCGAUAGUCUAUCAUCAGGCCAGCUUCUUUGCUCUGCAUAUAAUAUCGGCGUACGGAAGUCCAAGAAACCAUGGGGUUACGUAAACAAGGACGGCGUACAUGAUAUACUUUCUCUCGAAAAAGCUGAGAAGGAGUCUGGCAAUUCCGAGACACCCAAGAAGGGAUGGACGUUCCGGCGGACCGAUAAUCUACGUCUGUGGGUUGGUGCCCUGAAGUUGCGAUACAUGCUUCCCAUAGUUGUUCCCACACAAGUACUACCGCCGAGCCACAGUGGUCCAGGUCAUUCUCCGUCGGGCUCGCCCCAGGCCUCUCAGACACGCUUUCCUGGGGGUACAUCGGAGCCUCCAAUCAUGUUCGAUGCCAAGGUCGUAGCAGGGAAAAGUGAGGAAUGGGAAGAUAUGCUGGAGGCAGUCUUGAUGCGGUGGAUGCGGAAGGUUGUUGAUGAACGAAGGAAUGAAAGUUAAUGAAUAUGGAGGUUAUGAUUGUACAAUUUUCUAUACUGACGGAUUACGACUAUUCUUGUGUUUUACAUACAUACAUUGCUAUCGAUAUUGUACAGUAGAUCAUGGCUUAACUUGCUGAUGGCGA